UGGUUUUUCUGUCUCUUGUCAAAACAUUCUAAAGGUCAGCAAAUACUCCUUGACGACUCAACAAUUUAGUUUACUGCACUGACAUCUACUAUUAACUGCUGUAAUCACGUUAAUAUUGUGGUUACCUCUUUGCUCCAACCCCCUCAUUAAGGAGGGUGAUGUUGAAUUUGAUACGUCAGGCAACUGUAAGAAGUAUAAGUGUUCAGCCUUAUAUUUUUGCUCCAGUGGUGAGCAGUUGCAGUAGUCCUUUGCCAUCACUCAGAAGUAGAUCACAGUCCUGCACCAUGGCCACAGUGGCAUCUCCCCCAGCUAUAGCAACAAAGACGAAUGGCAUUGAGAAGAGUGUGUGGGUUGAGCUCAUUCAGUUGGCAUUAGAAGUGAAGCCUCUGAACCUUGGUCAAGGCUUCCCAGAUUUUGCUGCUCCAGAUACUGUCAGGAAAGCCCUUGCUGAAGCUUGCUCAAGUGAUACCAAUGUUCUGCUCAACCAAUACACCCGCGGUUUUGGUCAUCCUCGUUUGGUGAAUGCUCUGUCCAAGCUGUACUCCAAGCUGAUUGGUAGGGAGAUCAACCCUCUGAACGAAGUUCUGGUCACUGCAGGAGCUUAUGAGGCCCUCUUUGUCACCAUCAUGGGAUUGGUGAAUAAGGGUGAUGAAGUAAUUAUCAUUGAGCCAUUCUUUGACUGCUAUAUGCCUCAAGUUAAAUUGGCUGGUGGAACUCCUGUCUUUGUGCCUCUCUGUCCUAAGAAGACUGAAGGAGUGACAUCAUCAGGAGAUUGGGUGUUGGACCCCACAGAAUUAGGUAAUGCCUUCACGGACAAGACAAAGGCAAUUAUAGUAAAUACACCAAAUAAUCCACUGGGAAAGGUAUACAAACGUGAGGAGCUGAUGAUGAUUGCAGAUUUGUGCAAGAAACAUAACAGCAUUGCCAUAAUGGAUGAAGUUUAUGAAUGGAUGACCUACACUGGGCAGGAGCAUGUUCGAAUGGCCACACUACCAGGAAUGUGGGAGCGCACAAUAUCCAUCGGCUCAGCUGGAAAGACCUUUUCCGUGACUGGUUGGAAAAUUGGAUGGGCUUAUGGCCCUGCCAAUUUGAUGAAAGGGCUUCAAGUAGUUCAUCAACACUCAGUUUAUACUUGUACCACACCUGUUCAGGAGGCUGUGGGUCAAGGAUUUGAAAUAGAAAUUCAACGGUAUGGAACACCUGACUGCUAUUUCCAAUCACUGCCUGCAGAGCUUGAAGUGAAGCGUAAUAAUAUUGUUAAGAUUCUCACUGAGGCUGGACUCAAUCCCAUAGUUCCAGAGGGCGGGUAUUUCAUCUUGGCUGAUGUCCGGAAUAUAACAAGUAAGAUUGAUAUAGGUGGUGAUUCCAAUGAACGCAAAGACUUCCGAUUUGUUAAGUGGCUGUCUCGUAACCGCAAGCUUCAGGGUAUUCCACCAUCAGCCUUCUACUCUCCUGAACAUGGUGACAUUGGAGAGAACUACAUUCGCUUCUGUUUCAUAAAAGAGGAUGAAAAUCUAGAGAAGGCUGGAGAGAUCUUGAGGACCCUGAAGAAAGACAUUGAUGAGGGAAAAGUGUAAGCAACUGCCUGAGUCUUAGAAAAAGUGAUCCAUUUGAAGAAUGUUGAAGAAAUAGAUUUCAUAUUGGACUUAUAACCAUAUUUGAAAGUUGCAAAUAAAGGAGUAUAGAUAUUAUACAUAAGUCUCCAAGAAUAUUUUUAUGGUUAAAUUAUAAUAUGUGUUUGAUGAAAGACUUCAGAAAAAUUUAAUAAUAAUUUAAGAGGAGGAUCCGAAAAUUUGCAAUUGUGUUAAGGACUAUAUUAAUGUUGGGUUGCUGUUUUGGACUGCUAGAGACUUUAGUUCAUUGUACCACAUAACUGCAUUCUCUCUCAACCAUAACAUAGUGUAUUAUGUACAGUACAUUCUUCUAUAGCCCCAUAUUUUUUUACAGGGGAAACUACUUAGUUUGAAAAUAACAAUAACCAUGAGUAUGAAGAUUUUUUUUAGAAAAUGUUGCAGUCAAACUUCAUUUGUAUACUUCUGUACUUAUAAAAUAUCUACCUAA